AUGUUCCCCAGUUCCACGCUCACACCCACCCCGUUCUCGGUCAAAGACAUCCUGAACUUGGAGAUCCAGCAACAACAGCAGCAGCGCAGCCUGGCCGCCCGGGAGCCCCCCGUGCGCCCCGAGGCCGCCCUGGCGCCCUCCUCCUGCAUGCUGGCCGCCUUCAAGCCCGAGGCCUGCGCCGGGCCCGGGGCGCCCGCGCCCGGCCUCCUUCCGGAGCUGCGCGCCGCCGCCGCCGCGCUGGGCCCGGCGCCUUCGCCGCCUCCCAAGUGCGCCCCUGCCUUUCCGGACGCCCCAACGUUCUAUCCACGCGCCUACGGCGACCCGGAGCCGGCCAAGGACCCCCGAGCGGAUAAGAAAGAGCCGGAGCCGGAGCGGGCCCGGGCGCGCCGGCGGCGGCGGCCCCGCGUGCUCUUCUCGCAGGCGCAGGUGUACGAGCUGGAGCGGCGCUUCAAGCAGCAGCGCUACCUGUCCGCCCCGGAGCGCGACCAGCUGGCCAGCGUGCUGAAGCUCACGUCCACGCAGGUCAAGAUCUGGUUCCAGAACCGUCGGUACAAGUGCAAGAGGCAGCGCCAGGACCAGACUCUGGAGCUGGUGGGGCUGCCGCCCCCGCCGCCGCCGCCGCCGCCGCCUCCACCGCCGGCCGCCCGGAGGAUCGCGGUGCCCGUGCUGGUGCGCGACGGGAAGCCGUGCCUGGCGGACUCGGCGCCCUACGCGCCCGCCUACGGCGUGGGCCUCAACGCCUACGGCUACAACGCCUACCCCGCUUACCCCGCCUACGGCGCCGCCGCCGCCCCGGCCUGCGCGCCCGCCUACGGCUGCGCCGCCGCCUACCCCGCCGCGCCCGCCGCCCAGCCCGGCGCCAACGCCGCCGCCAACGGCUUCGUGAACUUGGGCGGCAUCGGGGACUUGAACGCCGCCGUGCCCAGCCCUGGGAUGGCGCAGGGCAGCCCCGGGGUGUCCUCGCUGCACGGUAUCCGGGCCUGGUAG